AUGUUCACCACCAUCGCUGCUCUCCUCGCUGCCUCUGCUGCUUCCGUCUCGGCCGUUGCCGUCCCUCGCGGCAACAGUGGAAGCGCCAGCGUCACCCCCCACGCGCAAUACUCCUCCUCCAUCGGUGUCCCGGGCUGCCUGAUCAACACCAACCGCGUUGCCUACUGGCCCAUGGGCGUUGGCUGCGACAACAUCUGCGUCAAGGUCACCAACGGCGACCGCAGCCUCAAGCUCCUCAAGAUUGACCAGUCCGGCGGCGCCUACGACAUCUCAUACGAUGCCUGGAACUACCUUGGCUUCGGCGAGGGUGCCGAGCAGGACCCCCACAUGGGCGGCGGCAUCGCCAUGAACUACGAGUUUGUCGAUGCCAGCGAGUGCGCCGAUCUGAUGCACGGCGGCAAGCUCCCCCUCUCUGCCUCCAACAGCAUGAACUACGUCGCCAGCUGCCUGAGCGAGCCCAACAGCUGGGUCAACAAGAACCACCAGCUCGUCAACAUUGCUGAUCCUCUGUGCAAGUGGGGAUACGACGAGACCUGCUCUCUGGAUCUCAACAAGAGCAACCAGCCCUCAUGCCCUCACACCCUGGGUGCCCAGGUUGCUUACUCUGGCAAGGGCGUCACCAACAUUGCUUACGGCACCGGCAAGACUGAGGCUGCUUAA